AUGUUCACCGGAAUCGUCGAGCUUCUCGCUCCCAUCCUCUCCAUCGAGGCGCUGGAUACGACCCAGUCGGGUGGGGGCGGCUUCUCGAUCACCAUCAGCGAGUGCGCCUCGAUCCUCAAAGACUGCCACAUUGGCGACAGCAUCGCCGUCAACGGCACCUGCCUGACCGUCACCGAGUUUGACGUCGAGCAGCACGGCGGCUACUUCAAGAUCGGCGUGGCCCCAGAGACGCUCAAAAAGACCAACCUCGGCACGCUGCACAAGGGCGACAAGGUCAACUGCGAGCGCGCCAUGGACGCCCACACCCGCUUCGGCGGCCACUUUGUCCAGGGCCACGUCGACACCACCGCCGUCAUCCGCAGCGUCGUUCCCACCGGCAACGCGCUCACGCUCACCCUCCGCCUCAAGAAUGAACCCGACAUGCUUCCCGCCCCCUCGUCCCUCUCGCCCUACCUCAUCCCAAAGGGCUACGUGACCCUCGACGGCGCGUCCCUCACCCUCAUCGAGGUAUCCCCACCCACCGGCGGCCUCCUCCCCUCCAACUCGACCGCAGGAGAAUUCAGAGAGGAUGCGGCAUCCACGGAAGACAAGAAGGACGUCGUCGAGUUCUCCGUCAUGCUCAUCAAGCACACUCAGGAGGUCAUCGGCCUCAGCAGAAAGAAGCCAGGCGACACCGUCAACGUCGAGCUCGACAUGGUCGGCAAGUACGUCUACCGCGCCGUCAUGGGAUCCCUCGAGCGCGACAGCGAGGAGGCUUCGCCGUCUUCAGCGGGCGCCACUUCGGGGGCAUCCGGGUCCGUCGAUGCCGGUCGUCAGGUCGUGGGCGAGGCUGCGGGUCCGGCCUCCACACAGGCGCUCGAGGGCAUGGUCGAGCGGAUCGUAAGAAGGGUUCUCACCGAACAGCAGUCGAAGCAGUAG